AGCAUUUUGAGGUUUUCAUUCCGACCGAAGGAACUGCUUUGUGCCAAUUGGGAAGAUUCCGUUUUCCUUUUUCAGAGUUGAGAGAUGGAGGGUUCUUCGAGAGAAAAAUGUUUGACCCUCCCUCUCUUUAUCGGAUUCCUCUCAGCAGUGCUGUACCUUCUUCAAACCCUAAUACUCGAGAAUUUGAUGGUGGGAAACACAGAGGUUAAGGUAAAGAGAAAGCCUGAUCUUCCACUCAGAUUCAACUCCAAUGGCACCUUCAAGAUCCUUCAGGUUGCCGAUAUGCAUUACGGGAAUGGGAUCGUGACCAGGUGUAGAGAUGUACUGCCAUCGGAAUUCGAGUUCUGUUCCGAUCUUAAUACGACUCAGUUCCUUCGGAGGAUGAUUAAAGCUGAGAACCCCGAUCUUAUCGUCUUUACAGGUGUGAAUAUUUGAGAUUAUUCUGGAUCAAUAUUC